ACACAGCAGACAAGUGGCAGAGCUGUGAUAAGAACCCAGGUCCUCUGACUCCCAGGCCCAAAUUCCAUCCGCUAGACCACAGAGCCUACUCAGACCCUUCACAUCCAAAGUGGGAAAGCGACCAACCUGGGAUGGCAGUUGAAUUCUUCCAUAAGGCAGAGGGGCCACUCAGGGUGCUAGGCAUUAGGAAAACUGGUUUAAAUUGCACUGCAUUCUGUGAAGUGGAUCCCCCACAUCUGCAGCAAAAAUCUCCAUCUCCUCUCCCCACCCCGAGGGCAUCGUCUAAAACUAAAUACCCAGGAUAAGAGAGGGGCGAGGUUCAGUGGAUUAGAAUUUGGCAUGGGACACCCAGACUUGGAAAGAGAGAUGAAGACCUUGGGGCACUCCAGCUCCCCUGGAGUCAAACUCGUUCCGCAUCUUGGCUCUUUGGUUUCUAAGGACUGCGGAUUUGCGGAUCUUCCUUCUCUGUCUCUCCUUAGAAACCCCCAAAUUCCCUCAUCAUUCCCGACGGAGGCGGCCAAGCCUCUUCUAGAGAGAAGAGUAGUGAGUAUGUGAUUAACACUCAGAAAACCACCAGUAGCCAUCAUCUCAGCUUUCAGGAAUUAGCCCCAAACCAGACCCCGUCUGUUGGCCAGGAAAAAGCUCCAUUGUUCAAAGAAGAAAAUAUGGCCGGCCGUCCACCCUCUGCCCGGGGCAGCCCCAGCAUCGAUGACCUCGAAGAAAGUCUGCAGAACCUUAAGGUCCAAGCGGACGGCUCGGGCUCCGGCUGGAGUUUCGACGUGGACACGGGCGGCCCGCCAGACCUGGGCCCGGCCGCACCCUGGAGCCCCUCCGCCCCCAAGAAGUCAGGGGAGUGGGACACCCCGGGUCCGGGGAGAGGCCCGUCUCAGCCGCCGGGGCAAGUCCAGUGGUGUCGAGGCCCGAGGCUCCUGGACACACCAGCGGGGAACUGCUCAACCCCACGGGGCCCGGGCCCCUCAAGUCCCUCCCCGGCGUGGCAGGCGGCUGGGUUAGCCAGUCGGGAGGCCGCAGGCGAUGGACCCCAGUCCCCCAGGGCCCCACCGGUUGAUGCGGCCCGGGCCUCCCCCUUGCCCGACCGACCGGCCGGUCUUCAUGCACCUGGCAUGAGGUCACUGCUGCCCGUGAGAGUCGCCCUGAGGUCCCGCUCUCCAAAAGGGGCCGGUGCGUCUCCGGCCAGGGGGCGGUCGCUGUCUCUCUCCCGUCCGGGGGCCAACCGCUCCCGGUCCUUCUCUCCGGCCUCCAAGAGGACCCGGUGGUUCCGCUCCCGCUCCCAGUCGCCCAGGCCCCUUUGGCGGUGCCAGCCCCCGGCUCAGCCGGGCAGACCGAGGUCCAGCAGGAAGAAGACAGCCCUGACCAGACCAUCUCGAUCCAGAGCCUACAAACCAGGGCCCUUGGGGACCGGUACUGGCUCUCCUCCCGUCACCGGUGCUCAUGGAGUGCCCGCCUUUUCCUGGAGUCCUCACAGCCUGCCCACCUUCACCACCGCCAUUCCUGUGGCCCAAGACUUUGGAGAAAGGCUCUCCCCGGCACCUGCGGGCGGUGUCUUCGGGUGCUCGCUGGCAGAAAUGUCUCCGAGCCACAGGAAGCUGACAUGGCUCCACCUGAAAAGCCGAUGCGGGGACCAGGGCUUGGGCGGGCAGCCGAACCGGCAGCUGGAACUAGAACCCACUCCUCAAGGCCCAAAGCCCAGAUGAAACAGCCAUCGGGCCACCAGAGGGAGCCCAGGUUCAGCGGUGGGAUCCUUGCCGGGCCGGGGCUCGGACCCCGGCCACCCCCUCCGGGUCACCGGCCUUUGGAAACCCAGAAGAGCCCGACACCGGCCAAGCCCACCCCGUGGCGGCACAGAGAUUCGCCACCCCCUCGGACCCCUCGGCUCAACCAGACGCCUCUCCUCCCGGAAGCCUCAGCCCAGGAGGGAUUCGGGGCUCGGAACUGCAUCCCGGCCCACCUUCCAGCCCGUAGCCGACGGAUGGGCUGAGUUCUCGUCAAUUUGGCCAGACCCAGAGUCCCUACUCUCCCCCGGCAGCUCCCGGCUGGCGUCCAGCAGGGGAGGGGAGGAGAGGGUGUUCCCGCUCCCCUUGCCCGGUUCCCUUCUUCAACACCUGCCUGGGGGGCCUGGCUCUCCUGUAGAUGGAACAGAGACGGGGGCCAGGAGUCCCGCACGUGCCCCAUCUGCAGGGCCUCGAGGCCGGGCUGUAUUUCGGCUGUACGGUGGGCCCAGUUUGGAGGGGCCGGCCCAGACGUUUCUGGCUUUCAGAUUUGAGACGAGACCCUCCCGUCUCUGCCGCUAAGCUCCUCCAGAGUCGCCGGGGCAAGCCCGGAGCUGGGGCUGGUGGGCGAUUCCAGGCGGGAGCCAAGCUUCCAUUUCCCAGGCUGGGUUUCCCCAGCUCCCUGUCUGCACACCUGGAUCUCCGUGAUCAGUGACAGGGGACAGGGAGGUGAGGGGGCAAAGAAGUAGGCGUCCUGCGUAGAAGCAUGCGGAUGCCCAGGCAGGGUCUGGUGGGGGCAGUGGCAGGAUCUCUAGCCUCCCCAGACUCAUUGCCAAAGUCUGGAGCAACCAGAGGGAGCGUCCCUCCUUUUCACCUGCAGCAGCUCCGAGGGUGAGCUGAGGCUGGUGGGACAGUCGGCUCAAUGCCAGGGUGGGAACCAGAGGCUCCUUGACCCCCUGGACUGCCCACCCAACCACCGGAGCCCCGCAAAAUGGCCUCAUGGGGUUGAGAAAUGGUGGCCUAAAGCCCCCCAGCUCCGCCCGGUGGCAAUGGGAACGAGGGGUCAGUCCACUGGACUGGGGCAAUUUCAGUGGCCAUGUUGGUCAAUAAAGGAUUGUGAUCCAA